UCGUUAAUUAAAAUGUUUAUUAAUAAUAAAUUAAUUUUAAUAUUUUUUAUAUAUUUUUUUAAAAAUAUUAAAAUGUAUGAGAUACCAAAAGCAAGAAUUGAAAUCUUUUAUCCAAAAGGAUUUGAAGUAUCAAUUCCAGCUGAUGAUGGUGUUACAUUAUUUGCUUUUCAUGGUAAACUUAAUGAAGAAAUGGAAGGAUUAGAAGCAGGAUAUUGGUCAAAAGAUAUUACAAAAGCUAAAAAUGGACGUUUUACAUUUAGAGAUAGAAUAACAUCAAUUAAAAUUGGUGACAUCUUAUAUUAUUGGACUUAUGCCUUACAUAAUGGUUUAGGUUAUCGUGAAGAUAAUGGUGUAUAUAUUGUAAAAAAAUAUUCAAAUAUUGAAAAUGAAUUAUCAUCAGCAACAAUUUCAACAACAACACCGAUACCAAUACAAAGAACUACAAAAACAAAAUAUAGACCAAUUUAUUUUCCAAUUGAUAAAUGUGAAAAUCUGCAAUGUGAUGAAUCUAUAACAAUUGUAAAUGGAUUACAAGUUCAAUGUAAAAAUCAAUUAAUAUUUGAAGAAAAUUUCAAUAAUAACAUUUUAAAUUCAUCUGUAUGGAAAUUAGAACAUAGAUUUAGUAGUGAACCAGAUUAUGAAUUUGUAUUGUAUCAUCAAAAUUCAUCUGCAUUAAAAUUACAAAAUGGUAUAUUGAAAAUUAAACCAAUAAAAUUAGUAAAUCAUUUAAAUAAUAAAGAUAUAUCAACAUUAAAAUUUAAUUUUAAUUUUGGAUUUAGUUGUACAGGUGAAUAUAAUACAGAUGAUUGUUUUAGAAAUCAACAUUAUUAUGAUAUUUUACCACCAAUGGUAUCAGCACAAAUUAGUACAAUUAAUAAUUUUAAUUUUAAAUAUGGUAAAAUUGAAAUACGUGCUAAAUUACCAAAAGGUGAUUGGGUAUUUCCUCAAUUAUGGUUACAACCAACAACAUAUAGCUAUGGUCAAAAUGAUUAUCGUUCUGGUCAAAUGAGAAUUGCUUUUAUGCAAGGCAAUAAUCCAUGUAUUGUAAAUGGUGGUCUUAUAUUAGGAUCUAAAGAACCAUUAAGAACAUAUAAAUUUUGUUCAAAAAUUUGUUCUUAUACUGAUAAUUGGACAAAAGAUUUUCAUUUGUAUACAUUAGAAUGGAAAAAUUAUUCUAUUAGAUUAUUAAUUGAUAAUGAUGAAUAUUGUAAUAUUAUUCCAGGUGAAAAUGGAUUUCAUUCUUUAAAAAUUGGAAAUAAAGUUUUACCAAAUGCUUAUCAAUUAAGUAAAGGUAGCAAUAUAGCUCCAUUUGAUAAAGAUUUUCAUAUUAGAAUAGGUUAUGGAAUUGGCGGACAUCAUGAUUUUGAUGAUGAAAUGUUAAAUAAACCAUGGAAAAAUUUUAAUCCUCAAUCGAAUUCGAAAUUUUGGAAAAGAAUGGAGAAUCGGGAUGACUGGUUAAGUGAUACAGAUGAAGAAUCAGAACUUCAUAUUGAUUACAUUAAAAUAUUUUCAAUUUAGUUUAAUAAAUAAAUAAAUUUCAAAUGAAAAUUUUU